AUGUCACUUCUGUUUUCGGCUCGGUCGCCAAUCUUUCCUCUUUUAAAGGCUUUCCGCGUUAAUUAUCUAACGUGUCAUCAAGUAACCAGAACCAUGGCCAGCGAAGGUAUUUCGCCGCAAGAAAUCGAAUCUUUAUGCCAAACACCAGAUCCAUCAACUAAGGAUUUCAUGUUCCAACAAACAAUGUACAGGAUCAAAGAUCCCAGAAAGUCUCUUCCAUUUUACACUGGUGUCCUCGGUAUGACUUUACUCAAGCAAAAACAUUUUCCUGAAAUGAAAUUCUCUCUAUUCUUCAUGGGAUAUGAGAACCCUAAUGAAGUACCGAAGGAUGAAGCUGAAAGGAGUUUAUGGGCUAUGACGAGAAAGGCAACAUUAGAAUUGACAUAUAACUGGGGAACAGAGAGCGACGAUUCAACCUACCACAAUGGCAAUUCAGAUCCUCGGGGCUUUGGACAUAUUGGUAUAUUAGUUCCAGAUGUUGAUGAGGCUUGUAAGAGAUUUGAAGAGCAUGGAGUUAAAUUCAUUAAAAAGCCUCAAGAUGGUAAAAUGAAGGGUUUAGCAUUCAUACAAGACCCAGAUGGCUAUUGGAUUGAAAUAUUCACGUCUAAAGUAGUAUCU